ACGCACCGGAGUCACUGUGGCCGCAUGUCCUUCUCCUGUCCAGCAGGUGACAGUAAAGUGCAGACAUUUCCAAUAUCUCCCAAACCAACAAUCCACAACAGUUUAUGGACAUGCACAACAAACAUGCGCUGGAAAGCAUUAGGAUGGUUGUCUUGAUGAGCAAGGUUAAAUCCUGUGAUGAUUAAUUGUUUAUUAAUUAAACUCUGCGACUGAAGAAACUGUCUUUAUAGUGGAUUCGCCAACGUUACUUUGAUAAUGACUCAUUGUCUUCAAGAAAGCUGCUAAUGGACGGCAGACAGAAGGACUGUUACACACAAAGCCCAGACACCCCAGCUGUAAGACAUCGAAAAACAUGCACGACAAACGAGGGGAUUGAGGGCUUUUCCCAGCCUUCUAGGGAGACUUCUAAUGGGGCGAGUAAAAGGAUCCCCAAACGAGGAGGACAGCUCAGUUCUCCCUCCAGAGGUGACCAUGUGCCCGUUUAUACUCUGGUUCUGGUGCUUGUGCUCUCUGUAUGUACACGCUUUUACAAAAUCACUGAGCCUCCACAUGUAUGUUGGGACGAGACUCAUUUCGGAAAAAUGGGAAGCUAUUACAUUAACCGCACCUUCUUCUUUGAUGUCCAUCCACCCCUUGGAAAGAUGCUGAUUGGCCUCGCUGGAUACCUGACAGGCUAUGAUGGGACCUUUCCCUUCAUAAAACCAGGGGACAAAUAUGAGCACCACAACUACUGGGGGAUGAGAGCGUUCUGUGCAGCUCUCGGUUCCUGUCUUCCUCCUUUUUCCUUCCUCAUUGUCCUGGAGCUGUCUCAAUCUACGCCAGCAGCGCUCCUCGCAGCCUCUCUGCUGAUCUUUGACACUGGCUGUAUCACCCUCUCUCAGUACAUUCUUCUGGAUCCCAUUCUCAUGUUUUUCAUCAUGGGCUCUGUUCUCUGCAUGGUCCGAUUCAACACACACAGACUCAGGCCUUUCAGCUUCUCCUGGUGGUUCUGGCUGCUUCUGACGGGGGUCUGCCUCUCCGGCUCUCUGGGAGUAAAGUUUGUUGGGCUGUUUGUCAUCCUCUUGGUGGGAAUUAACACAGUAUUUGAUCUGUGGAGGCUGCUUGGGGACCUCAGCUUGUCUUUGCUGGAUUUUGGGAAGCACUUAUUCGCUCGAGUUUUCGGGUUGAUAAUGCUCCCAUUGUUCCUGUACACUACAAUAUUUGCUGUUCACUUUAUCAUCUUAAACAGAAGCGGUCCUGGGGAUGGUUUCUUCAGCUCUGCUUUUCAGUCUCGCUUGAUUGGAAACAAUCUGCACAACGCCUCCAUGCCAGAGUAUCUGGCCUAUGGCUCGGUCAUAACUGUGAAGAAUCUGCGAAUAGCAGGAGGGUAUCUGCACUCACACUGGCAUCUCUACCCAGAAGGUGUUGGAGCUCCCCAGCAGCAGGUUACAGCCUAUUUGCACAAAGAUUAUAACAACCUAUGGUUGGUCAAGAGACCUGACAACUCUGAUGAUCUCACAGGGCCACCAGAACUGGUCCGACAUGGUGACAUCAUUAGACUGGAACACAAAGAAACUACAAGAAAUCUUCAUAGUCAUUUCCAUGAAGCUCCACUGACCAAAAAACACCUGCAGGUCACAGGUUACGGCAUUAAUGGAAGCGGAGAUGUCAAUGACUUGUGGCAGGUGGAGGUGUGUGGAGGGAAGAAAGGAGAUCUGGUGAAGGUGUUGCGUAGUAAAGUGCGUUUUCUCCAUCGCUCUACAGGCUGCGUGCUUUGCUCCUCUGGAAAGACUCUUCCCAAGUGGGGAUGGGAGCAAGUGGAGGUCACGUGUAGCCCAUAUGUCAAAGAGACGCCCAACACACAGUGGAACAUUGAGGAUCACAUCAACCCUAAACUGCCCAACAUCAGUCUUUCAGUGCUCAAACCAACUUUCCUGGAGGUCCUCUGGGAGUCUCAUAUUGUGAUGAUCAGGGGAAACAGUGGUUUAAAGCCCAAAGACAACGAGAUGAACUCUAAACCCUGGCACUGGCCAAUCAACUAUCAGGGAUUGAGGUUUUCUGGAGUGAAUGAGACAGAGUACCGCGUUUAUCUUCUCGGGAACCCUGUCAUCUGGUGGCUGAAUCUCUUGAGUCUGGGUCUGUUUGUUUUAAUGCUGACAGUGGCAUCUUUAGCAAAACAGAGAGGAGUGAAGAUGGAGGGAAAGAGGAAAGUGCACUGUCACACUCUCAUGGAGGGUGGUGGGAUGCUGCUUUUGGGAUGGCUAUUACACUACCUCCCGUUCUACAUUAUGGGCCGCAUACUCUACUACCACCAUUACUUUCCUGCCAUGUUGUUCAGCAGUAUGCUCACAGGUAUUACUCUGGACGUCUUCCUCCAGAAUUUACACCUUCUCUUUAGUCCAUCCAUAUCCCAUCAUCUUAUGAGGGGAGGUCAGUUUCUACUCCUGUUAGGGUUCAUCUACAGCUUUUAUCUCUUCCACCCUCUCUCCUAUGGUAUGAGGGGGCCACUGGCACAAGACCCUGCCUCGUCCAUGACUGGCCUCAGGUGGAUGGACUCCUGGGAGUUUUAGACCAUUUUAGACUAUUCAGAAAUGUCCCGGUCUUCAUAAUCUUUUUAACCAUUUCAGUUUUUAAAUGUUGAGUGGCUCUUUACAUUGUGGAAGUACAGUGUUUAAUCUGCUGUUAGGCUGUGAUUUUAAACUUUUUAAAAUAUUAUUUUUUAUUUUACAUUUAUGUAUUUUACAUUAAAGCUUGAUGGUGUUUAAUGGCUGUAGCUGGACUGAACUAAAUUACAAGUAAUGAAGUGCCUUUCAAGUUUCAGAUUUAAAGACUCCAAUGAUGUAGAAAAUAUUCACUCCUUCAGUUGGGUUUUGUACAUUUCAUUUGUUACACAUUUUGUUCUUCUGAGGAAAAAUAAAAAAAUAAUUAGUGUAUUCAAAAACAGCAA